AUGCAAGAUUCCUUACUAUCUCGGUUUGAUUUAAUGAUGAUCAUGUUGGAUGUACCUGAUCGUGAAAAUGAUAUUUUGAUAAGUGACCAUGUAGUUCGUAUUCAUAGGUACAGAGAUCCUAAAGAACAAGACGGUGAAGUGUUUCCAUUGACUUCAGGUGUGGAUGUUUUGAGUACAAAAAGUUUUGAAAAUAAUAUAACAGCAACAGAUCAGUUGGACGACGUCUAUGAAAAAUACGAUCCGAUACUGCAUGGACCAGUUUACACAAAAAUUUUGAAAAGUGAUUUCGUAAGAAAGUAUUUGGCAAUUUCCAAGUGCAUCAAGCCACAAUUGGACAAUGAAGCUAGUGCGCUGAUCACGGUAGAGUACGCAAGACUCCGUUCACGGGAGGCUGUCGGUCCGGACGCAGCGAGGACUCUGCCUGUCACGCCCAGGACCGUCGAAAGCAUGAUUCGCCUUUCAAAAGCACAUGCAAAGGGACGGUUUUCCCGGAUUGUCGAGGCUUAG